UCCCCGCCGCGCGUUGCCAGGGCAGCAGGAGCGGCGUCCGUGACUCCGCCGCCAUGAGCAAGAAGAACCUGCAGCAGCUGGUGGACUCGCUGAGCCGGUCCUCCAAACACUUUACUAAAAGCGAGGUGGAAUGUCUGAUCAAGCUCUUCAACACGCUGGUGGCUGAGUCCAGGAACUACUUUGCUGCGGUCGGUUUUGACUGUAACGUGUUGAGAGAUGUCUUGUACAGAAUGUUUGGCAUGAUGGAUGACAUCAUGAUGGACAGAGUGUUCCACACGUUUGACACAGACAACAACAACCGCAUCAGCGUGGAGGAGUGGGUGAGAGGCUUGGCAGUGUUUCUUCGGGGGACAUUGGAAGAAAGGAUUAAAUACUGUUUCGACAUUUAUGACCUAAAUGGUGAUGGCUACAUUACGAGAGAUGAAAUGUUUCAACUGCUGAAGAACAGCCUUCUCAAACAACCAUUAGAAGAAGAUCCUGAUGAGGGAAUUAAGGAGUUGGUUGACACAGCGCUGAAGAAAAUGGACUAUGAUCAUGAUGGCAAGCUUUCUUUUGUGGACUUUGAAAAAGCAGUCAGAAAUGAAAACCUUCUCCUGGAAGCCUUUGGACCAUGUCUGCCAGACAUCAAGAGCAUUAUGGCAUUUGAACAGAAAACCUUCCAGGAAACUUGUAAGCUGUAACUCCAAGUGGAAUACUGAAGUGGAAGAGGCUUUUUCUUCACCAUUCUUCAUGGUAUAGUAAAAAUAGGAAUAGUUUCAAGUUGCUCCUGAGCUUCAGUAUUUCUUUACUACAAAACCCACUGAAUAAGUAGAAUUUUACUUCUGUCACUCUACAGUUCUUCAGUG